AAGCAACAGGCCUAUUCGCUGGCGUGUGCCAAGUACCGGGUCCUUACGAAGAAGCCCAAGGGCAAGGAUGUCAACGAAACGGACGUCUUUGCCUACAACGCGAACUUUUCAGACCCAAAGAUGCGGAUUAAAAUCAACCAGAUCCAGCUGAAGGAGACCAAGGAGGAGAACAAGAGCACGCACGAGCGGGUAGCCGCCGACCGACACUACGAGACGCAGGCGGCGAUUGUACGGAUCAUGAAGGCUCGCAAGACCAUCACACACGCGGAGCUCGUGGCGGAGGUGAUCAAGGCGACACGCAGCCGGGGUGUUCUUGAGCCAGCGGAGAUUAAGAAGAACAUCGAGAAGCUAAUCGAGAAGGAUUACAUGGAGCCAUUAUUAACAAAUGUAACUACAUCUACAUCAUAUUUCCCAACCCCGCAAUACGGAGUAAUGCUUUGCUGGAACGAAACGAACAACGAACAAGGAACUCGGCCGGGAGACCCGAGACGAAAGGCCCUCCUCUCCCCCCAUCGGAGCACAUCCGAGUCCAGCACCGGCACACGGGGCACCGGGAGGUCUGGGCGCCGCGGCAGUCAGCGUGCCCUCCGGCCCCUCCCCCUCAUACCGGGAACUCCUCCGUCAAGGCCUGUUGAUGCCCGACAUCUUCAGACUCCAGUGCUCGUUGCCGGUCGUCGGCGAUUAAGCGAUGUCUCAGAGAUCUCGUGUGAGAUUAAUAUCCAUACAGGAAAAAUACAUCUCAUCUCAAUGUCGCCAUAUCUUAUUGGAAGUCCUCGUACUGCGGAGGAGCGGGGGAGUAGUGUCGCCACCUACGCUUAUGAUUAUUAG